GUUUUACUGCACACCUCUUUGUGCAGAGUUUCAAGAUGUAUACUGCUUUACAAAAGAUUCACAAGGACAAGGAUGCUGAGCCAUCUGAGUUUGAGGAAAAUGUUGCUCAGGCUUUGUUUGAUCUGGAAAACACCAACCAGGAGAUCAAGAGUGACUUGAAGGACCUAUACAUCAACUCUGCCUCGCAAAUUGAUGUUUCUGGAGGCAAGAAAGCUGUUGUGAUUCAUGUGCCUUACCGUCUGAGGAAGUCAUUCCGCAAGAUUCAGCCUAGGCUUGUGAGAGAGCUAGAGAAGAAGUUCAGUGGAAAGGAAGUGGUACUUAUUGCUACCAGAAGGAUAGUUCGCCCGCCCAAGAAGGGGUCUGCAGUUCAAAGGCCAAGAACACGAACACUCACAGCCGUGCAUGAUGCCAUGCUCGAGGACAUUGUUUACCCAGCUGAAAUUGUUGGGAAGCGCGUCAGAUACAGACUCGAUGGAUCAAAGAUCAUGAAGGUCUUCUUGGACCCCAAGGCUAAGAACGACACUGAGAACAAGCUGGAGACAUUUGCUGGGGUUUACAGGAAGCUUUCCGGGAAAGAUGUUGUGUUUGAAUUUCCCUUGAAUGAUGCAUGAAAAAAGCUCUUUCAUCUAGAUUUAUUUCAGUUUAUUUGAUUGCAGACUAUUUGUAGUAUGAGAUCGGGCAAACUGUGUGAAGUUUUGAUUAAGAUAAAUCUUGUAGCUUGUUGGGGAUAUGCUCGUUUUUUGCACUAUACUGAAUAUUGUUGAACAAAAGUUUUAUUUUAUUACCAUGUCAGAUCGAGAAAACUGUGUGAAGUUUUGAUUAAGAUAAAUCUUGUAGCUUGUUGGGGAGAUGCUCUGUUUUUUUGCACAAUACUGAAUCUUGUU